CUGUGUGAGCAUGCGCAGUGCAGUGAAGACUCGAACCACGUCGCUGUACUUAGCCGCAGUACAGCCCCGAGGUUUGGAGAGGAUAGCUUCUGCUUGCAAUUCACCGCCACCAAAUUGUAGCAGCGGGCCGCUUGUAAAAUGGCGAGAUACCUGAGGCCUCCGAAUACGUCUCUUUUCGUUCGAAACAUCGCCGACGAGUCCAGGCCAGAGGAUUUGCGGCGUGAGUUUGGUCGUUAUGGGCCUAUUGUAGAUGUCUACAUUCCACUUGACUUCUAUACACGACGGCCGAGAGGAUUUGCUUACAUUCAGUUUGAAGACGUCCGCGAUGCAGAAGACGCUCUCCACAACUUGGACCGCAAAUGGGUUUGUGGACGACAGAUCGAGAUCCAGUUUGCCCAGGGAGACCGCAAGACCCCUAACCAGAUGAAGACCAAAGAGCGCCACUCCCCUCGCAGCUUCUCCCGCUACGAUGAUGAUCGGGAUGGCCGCCGGAGACGCUCACGGAGCCGCAGUUACGAUCGCCGCAGAUCCCGGAGCCCCUCAUUCGAACGCCGUCCUCGGAGAUCUGAGAGCCCUAGAGACUCUCGGCCCUAUAGUCGGCACAGACGGAGCAGAAGCCGUGAAAAUGACAAGUACAAAGGUCCUGCCCGUGACCACCACAGGACACACCAUGAACCAGGCGCACAUAGUCGCUCUGUUUCCCACUCCCCCUCACCAUCCAGAGCAAGGCCCAAAGGUAAAAAAAGCCAGUCCAGGUCUCACAGCCCCACUGAAGACUUCCACCCGACCUCUAGCUCCCAGAAACAGUCUGUCGGGAGAUCUCCAUCCCGCUCCUACUCUAGAUCCAUGUCUCGCUCACGCUCUCGCUCCAGAUCUUGGGCCGGACGCAAGUCUGGGGGCCACUGACUGACCGACGCUCCUAAACCACCUGUGUUUACGUUUAACAUUCAGCUAUGAUAACUUGAGUGUUUUGCUCUCUGCUUGCAUUUGUUCAUGUAGUUCUGGAGGAAUGUGUUGCUUAAGGAACAGAAGCAGGAGCCACGGAUUACGAUUGAGUGUUUAGUUUUUUGUACGUGUGUAAUGUGGGGUCCUGAGGGUGGGGGAAAAAUGUAGCUUUGGCUUUGCCAAUGACAACUUUUGUACAUGAGCUAGCAAUAUUUACAAUCAAAUUGUUCAGGUUACUUGUUUCGAUUUAGUUUUACUGUGCAUUAUGUAACCAUGAGUAAAAUUUACCAGUAUUUACUAACUGGCCUUAUACGCCAGUAAGUGAAUGUAGUAGUUGGUACCUAAUGUGGUGUCCAGUAUUUUAUGUACAAUAUGUUCCCUUGUACUUUGCUCAGUGAGCACCUAAUGUCUGGGUGUGCCGAUCAAAUCCUUGAACAGUUUUACCAGGUAUUUUACCACGUCAAUAAAGUAGUACAUUCUUGCCA